GCCACCAGGCCGCAAUCUAUGAAGGAAUUUUUAACCCAGAAUAAAUUGCAGACUUGUAUGUGGAUCUCCAGAAUUGUAACAGUAUGGAGUUGCAUCUUUUAUAUUCUUCCUAUUACUGGAAUUCAACUAGUACACUACAGAAGAGCAAUAAUGUGUGGUGCCAUUACUUCCUCCAUACGAACUUAUCAACGUUCUCCGCCUUUUCAAAUGUCACGCGAAUACUUAAACCAACUUGUUCGAGAAGAUAGCUUCCAUUAUCUUUUGUUCUGUUUCCUCUUUAUGGCCCAUAUGCCGAUAACCCCUGUUUUAUUUCCAGUUGGUAUCUUUGCUCUAUUACAUGCUUGUACAUUCACAACUACGCUAUUAAACCUUACUAGCCCUGGAUCAUUCCAGAUGCUUCGUGGAUUAACCAGUUACGUUCAUCAAAAGCAACAAAUGUUGAUGAUGUUUGCUGCGUCUACUGAAGUUAUCUUGAUGCCCAUGGUUAUAUUCCAAUUGUUUUCUGGUGGUGGCAGUAUUUUGCUACCUUUCGUCUAUUACAGAUUUCUUUGUAUGCGCUAUACUUCACAAAGAAAUCCAUAUUCUAGGCAAGUUUUCUAUCAAUACCGUUUGGCCAUAGAGUAUCUAACUUCCCGACCAAGUUGCCCUGCAUUCCUUAGGACCUUUGGAUAUCGAUUUAUAAACUUUGUAAACAAGUUAUGCCCAUAA